AUGAUCGGGGCCGAACCCAAUCUCCAGCCGCUCGCUCCCCUCCUCUUCUCGUCCUCACAACGCCGAGAGAGGCAGGCGGCAAUGGCAGGCACCGGCUGCCACUCGCUCCUCUCACCGGUCUCGUCCAUCUCCCCUGCGUUCUUCUCGCGCUACCGAGCCGCCUCCGUCGGUAGAGGAGCCCGCCAGCCGAAUAAAGUGCGACCCCAGAUCAGGUGUUGCUCGAAAGACGAAGGUUCAAAGGAAUGCGCGGACAAGUCCUCCACUAAGGGCAAGCUUGAAGAACAUACUCCUUCAAGACGAAAAUGUAUUGCUUGCCUUUGUGCUGUGACAUUAAUCAGUGCAUCAGGCCCAACAAUUUGUACACCAAACGGACUUGCCGCAGAUAUGAACCAGCGCGGCACACUGAAAGCUGUAUGCCGAAACUGUAAUGGUAGCGGUGCUGUAAUAUGUGACAUGUGCGGCGGCACAGGAAAAUGGAAGGCCCUCAACCGAAAGAGGGCAAAAGAUGUCUAUGAAUUCACAGAGUGCCCGAACUGCUAUGGCCGAGGAAAGCUGGUCUGUCCAGUUUGUCUUGGAACCGGGCUGCCGAACAACAAGGGACUCCUCCGGCGACCAGAAGCCAAAGAAUUACUCGACAGGAUGUACAAUGGCAAGAUAUUGCCAAACUCGUAGAUCAACCCUUCUCACCAAAGGAUUUAGCUUCUUGGUUCACGAGUAGGGAGUAAUAUUUGAGACAAAUGUAGUUCUCGGAUGUAAAAAAAAAUUCGUCUUCACAAAAGAGACUUCGAUGAGGAUUUCUGCUUGCUAA